AUGCCGAAGAAUGCGCGAAUUGAUGCCUAUUUGGAAUCGAUGUCCUCACAGACUGAAAAUGAGCCGUCGAAUUCACCGAAUGCAAGUGCUGAGUACAGUGGCGGUUUAUCGGAUGAUUCCUUGGAUGCUCUUCCCGCUUCUUACAGCAACGGUUGGAACAACAGGAAUGCGAUGGAUCAAAUGAGCGAAAGCGUUCACUUUGGUCAGAAUGAGUUGCUGCAACAACUGAAACAGCGCUUGAAGAAAACGAAAUCCGAAUCGCCUGUAACUGCAGUUCCGAGAUUUCCUGAGACCAAAAAAAUCUGUACGGAACGAGCGCAGCAGCCCUCUUCAGUAAAAACAGACGCGAAGCUAAAAAAAGUUUGA